AUGGCAGAUCAUUCAACCGAUGGUGGUGAUGGAAAUUCUCAGCCCAUCCGAUCCGCUCUAAUCUUGCGAAAAAGCACAAGAUGGCACUGGGAAAAGGAGCAGACUGGAUUUACUGAUGCCGAGCUGGAAAAACACCUCCAACAAAAAGGCACCAACGUGGCAGAGCUCUUGGAAAACGAGGAAAAACAAAUGCAAGCCGUCCAACAGAUAGCAAACGAGCUCAGCACAGCAGGGAUCUCAGCCAGAGUGGUCACCCGACAACAAAUCGAACAGUACCUCCCGGACACCGAUUUAGUGAUCUCAGCCGGUGGAGAUGGCACUUUUCUGGCAGCCGCCUCGGGCAUCAGUGACCAAACCCCAAUAAUUGGAAUCAAUACUGACCCGCUCGGUUCUGAGGGCCACUUGUGUGUCGGGGGCAAGAAUCCGCCCAGAAAUCUCAUCGAACGUCUGGUAUCUGGAAAUUUGACAUGGGUUCAGAGAAGUCGUAUCCGGGUUACGGUAUCCGAGAAGAACAAUCCGGCUAAGAAACUGACAAGUUUGGCGUUGAACGAGGUGUUUAUCGGAGAGGAUGAAGCCGCCAAGGUUUCCACAUACAAUAUAUCGAUUAAUGACUCGCAGACAGUCAAACAGAAGUCAUCUGGAUUGAUUGUCUCCACGGGGACAGGAUCGACUAGUUGGUAUCUUGGAAUGAAUCGAAUUGAUGAGAAUGCGACUACUUCUGUACUCGAGGCACUCCAAUCACUUGGAAUCAAUGUGCCGAUUACCCAGAAUUUGGUGGAGAAAGUUAUGACCACUGUAAAUAAGAGAAUUCCAUUCGAACCGGAUCAUUCGAGCUUCGCAUUCUCGAUCCGGGAACCAAUCUUUAACGACACCUACAAACGGACGGCCACCCGCGGAUUCGCUCGAAAAAUUUGCCUAGAAUCCAGAUGUUCAAACGGAUUCCUCGUGUUGGAUGGAUCUACAAAAAUUCCAUUCCCACAAGGAUCCGUUGCCACAUUUGAGAUGAAUUCAAAUGAUGCACUAAAGACGGUUAUUGUAUGA